AUGGUACAAGAUUAUAACCUCACAAAACUUUGUAAACAGAAAACCAAAACAGCAUGCAGCAAAAUGUCCCAAUCAACGUUUGAAAUUAUUGUUGGAACUUACGAAGAAUACUUGCUAGGGUACCUCUUCUCAUCAGAACAAAAAACCCUAGUUCAAAGUUUUGCUUCUCAUGAUCACAGCGGCAGCAUAAGAUGUUUGGCCACUUGUGGCAAUUAUUUAGCUUCUGGAGCCACCGACGAUCGUGUAAUCGUGUACGAUCUUAAAGCAAGAAAAGAGCAUUGCAUGCUUACACAUCAUGAAAGCACAAUUUCUUCUUUAGCAUUCACCAACAAUCACUCGCAUGUUAUAUCAGCCAGCCUAGAUGGAUCCCUGUCGAUAGUAAGGGUAGGCAAUUGGCAAGUGGAAAAACUGUGGACCAAAGCCCAUAAAGAAGGCACUAUUUUAGAUAUAGCUUUGCAUUCAAGUGGUAAACUAGCCUUGACACUAGGAACUGACGGUACCAUACAUACAUGGAACUUGGUAAAAGGCAGAGUGGCCUAUGUUAUAAACUUGAAAACUAAAUGCAAAGACACGAAAAGUCUAGAAAAGAUACAAUUUGCACCAGAUGAUACUAAAUUUCUUAUUUUUGGAGGCAAAUUUACAGAAAUAUGGAGUAUAGAAGUUGGAGGGGUUCUAGAUGUGAUUGAACAUGAUGAGAAAGUUACUUGUUGUGUUUGGCUUGACAAUGAAACUUUAUUUGUUGGGUAUGAAGAUGGUAAUUUGGGUACCAUCAACUUGGAAAGUAAAAAGAAGAAAAUCAAGUUGGGACAUGACGGAAGAGUAAAAGCAGUGCAAGUUUUUGAAGGAUUUAUAGUAACAGCUUCGAGCACAGGCGAGCUCAAAGUUUGGAGCAGAAAAUUGAAAGAAAUAUGCAAAAUUUCGACAGGGUGCAGAAUUACAUGCCUAAUUAUCACCAAAUGGGCUGGGAAAAUUGAAAAAGAAGAAGAUGCACAAGUUAUCAGUGUUGAAGAAGCGCCUAAAAAGAGACCUGUGAGAGGUAAUGUUGUGGUUGAAGUAGACGAUAGUUCAGAAGAGUGUGAAAGGGUAGAAAAAGCUGGAAAAAAAAGGAAGAAAGGCCAAGGAGAAAAGAAAAAAUCAAAAAAACCCCAAAAAGAUGUUGAGGAAAUUACAGAAGAGCUAGAAAUAGAAAAUGUCAUGGAACCACAAAAAUCAAAGAAAAAAAAUCAAAAUAAUUUGGACCCAACUAAAACAAAGUCCAAGAAAAAAAAGACCAAAACAAAUACCUAA